UUGUACGACAUUUACACCAUGUGACCGUAUUGGCUCGAUAUCAAAAUACCACAUAAGUAAAUUACUACCGUUUGUAUAUAGUAUAUUUUAUAAAAAGUAAAAAAGUUAAGAAUUCUGGGUCGUAGCCGCUCGCUAUUUUUGUGUAAUUCUUAUUCAAAAUUUAGCAGAAAUAUAUUUCGAUUUAGUUGCUUGAAAAUCGACUGGCAUACGGUGUUAAUGUGACACAACAGCGGUUUGAGCGAUACGCAAACGCAGGCGAAAGCAAAAUAUAACAUUGAAUAAAACAAAAAAAAAAUUCCCACACUUGGCUACACCGGAUCGAAGAGAGUGAGAAAGAGCGAGAGAGUGAGAGCGAGCAAAGGCGAAUUCGAAUGCGAAUGCGAUUCGAUUGGCAGAAACAAGACACAGCGAUUGCCAUCGUACAUCGGCCACCGAUUUUCUCUGCCUUUGGCUGUUGUAAGUUUUAUUUGCCGUAAAGGAGACUAUUUCAGCAGCAUUCGAUAAACACGGUCCAAUUGCUGCACUGACGCGACUGACAAAAUGUUAAUAAACCUAAAGGUGAAAACUUUAGAUGCUCGCACACACGACUUCAGCAUCGACAAUGAGCUAACCAUACGUCAAUUCAAGGAGCAAAUUGCAGAGAAGACCAACAUUGCAGCUGAGAAUCAGCGCAUUAUUUAUCAGGGCCGCGUGUUGGCAGAUGAUAAGCAGGUGAAGGAGUACGAUGUUGAUGGCAAAGUUCUGCAUGUGGCCGAGCGUCCGCCUUUCUCGCAACGCGGCGCCAACGCGACGAACAACGAUGAACCGAUGCGCGGCUUCCGCAGCAUUCCCGGCAGGCCAGCACCUAGAAAUUUGCGCAAUGCGCCAUAUUUCAGGGCACUCGAUGGCAUGCUGGUGGGAACCAUGGCUAUCCCCGUGAACAAUGGACCUCUGACCGCAGCGGGCGCUCGCACACCGCCAAAUCGGUUUCCCAACUCCUCGUCUUUCUGCAUCAAUCGCAUCACUGUCGCCCAGCACAUGAUCGAUUGCGCCAAUAAUAUAGCCGCAUAUCUGGAGAAUCCUGAGAUUGGUUUGAAUAAUCAAUCUUUGGAUAUACUGCAACGGGGUCACUGGACCAUGGAGUCAACUGUGGUCGAGGUGGGCGUCUCCUCCACUGAUAUGCCGCGCAACAAUAACAUUAUUGACAUGGUACAGGAUGCAGUUACGGCUGCAUUGUCACGCAACACACCUGGCCGCAAUUAUACAGUGGUGCAGAUGCCCACCGUCUACACCAAUGAGGUGGGUGAGCAUCAGCAGCAACAGCAACAACCGCAGCAACAACAACAGCAGCAAGCAGAUCGUGCUGGGAGCAGCAGCAGUGAUGGCGCUGCCAGCGUCGAUACUAGCGAGGAAACAACAGCAGCCGCUGCUGUGAUCAUUGAGGAUGUAAUUGAAACCGAUGAUGAGGCAGCCGAUGGCUCCAACACGCCACCCGGUGAAGACGAGCGCUCCAGCUCACCACAGACAACGGAUAGAGCCGCAGCGGCUGGAGCAGCGACCGCUGGAGAAACGCAGCCAAAUGGCGCUGGCAUUGGCCCACGUCGACGCACACGUCCCGAGGUACUGGCGAGUGUUUUUCAGCGCUAUCGCACCGUCGAGCAACGUUUGUCUCCUUUCCUCGAUCGCUACUACGAAAUACUGCAGCAGGAUCCCAGCUUUGAGGAGCAGGACACAACGGGACGCGAGAAUGCGCAGCGUAUCUACGAUCGUGUUUCUGAAGCAUUGCACUAUCUGUCGCAUGCCCAGCACGCCAUUUCCGAUUUGAUGUUGGAUCUAUCCCAGCCCGGUCCACGUGUGCUCACCUGCCGGCCCAUUCUCGUGGAGCAGAGCGGCUACAUACGCUCAAAUAACAUAUUUACGCCCAAUCUGGUGGCCGCUCCGCUUGCCGAGCUCAUCGCUCAGGUGCCGCCAACGGCUGCUGCUGCAGCUGCUGCACAAGGCGUGGCACCCGCCUCUGCCUCCACUGCUGCGACUGCAACUACAGGCACACAACCGGAGCAGCCGCCCUAUGGUCUAAAUCUACAACAGCAAAUUGUUGUCGAUGUCAUGGGAGGCGGCUUGCCCGCUCCAAUUUCGGUUGCAGGCGCCGCAGCUGCCACACAAUCGGAACAGGCGCAGAACCCACCUGGCAUGCAGGAUAAUAUGAAUGAUAUAUAUGCACGCGCUUUCAAUCAAGACUUUGGCGCAGGCCGUGAACGGUUUCGAAAUAUGGGUGCUACUCCUAAUCAAAGUGCAGCAGCCGCCGCCUCAGCCACAGGCACAGUUCCAGCGCAGCAACAGCGACCAGGAACUAAUCAGGAAGAAAUGGAUCCGCAGGCUCGCAUGGCGCGUCUAAUUCAGGCCGUAGUUAGUGCUACAAACGAUGCAGAUCUGCGCCAGGAGAGCCCACAGGAUCAGGCUAGCAUGCAAGAUGAUGAGAUGUACGCACGCAAUCGAAAUGCCCGUGCAACAGCACCUGCCACAGCAACAGGCAGAGCUCCCACGCAACAAGGACCAACGGAUGAUGAGCUAAUAGCGGCAGGCGUUGCAGAUGCUGAUGCUGCAGCUGCUGUCUUCGCUGGCCUUGUCACACGCAACGACAACUUUGAGGACCCAGUGGACGAGCCCAUGGUGGCGCCAGCUGGCACCAAUGCAGCCGGCACACAACCCCGUGCAGAAAUAGAUCCUCAGAUGCGAAUGGCUCGUCUUAUUCAGGCAGUGGUUAAUAGCGCCACAAACGAUGCGGAUCUGCGUCUCGAGUUCAAUGUGCCCAAUGUGAUGUCCAUCAAUUUGCCGGUGCAUGUGAUGACAGCUGCUGUGCAUCCACAGGCACAGGCACAGGGACGACCAGCAGCCGCCACCGACAGUGCCGGAGCUGGCGAAACAAAUGCAGCAGCUGCCACAGCAUCGGCUGGUUCUGGAGUGGCUGCUGCUGCUUCCGUUUCUGCAGCUCCUGCCGCUGCUGCUGCUGCUGCAUCCACAUCGAGUGGCACGCGCAGCGGCGAGCAGCGUGCAAAUACAUUGCCCACAACGGCCACGCAGACGCGCUCUACGUCCCGGCCACAGAUUCAGAUUGGCGGCAAUAACAAUUGGGCCGGACGCAUUGCACCCACGCAUACGGCCUUCGAUCGUUUCUUGCCCUGCAAUAGCCAUCAUAUUCGUGAGCCUGAGCCAUUGAUCCAGCAACAGCAACAACAACAACAACAAUCACAGCAACUCAACAACAAUAUCAGCAGCAGCAACAACAAUAACAACAACACAAACAACAAUCGAAGAUCGGCAAAUGCAGCCACUGUCACCGCUAGUCGCAUGCCGCGUAGCCAGAGCGGCACGAGCCUCUCGCGUCCCAUGUCGCGUCGACGUGCCGCCAUCAGCCGUGAGCUCCGAAGCGGAAGCGCGCCGGGAUUGACGACUAUUGGCGGUGGUGGUACCAAUGGUAGUGGUGGUGGUAAUGGUGCCGCUGCCGUUGGUGGUGUAGGUGGCCCUAGCAGUGCGAGCUUCACAAUCAGUCGCCGUGCUGGUGCACACCAACCGAACGGCCGGCCCAUGCAAAGAACCAUAUCCAGACUUAUAUCCGCUAUGUUUGAAAAUUUUUUGGUUACUAAUAUGAGAAAUCAUGCGCAAACAGCUUUGGGUGACACAACAACUGGGUUAACCAAUGCCACCUCGACCGCAGCAACCAAUGCGGGAGCCGCUGCAACCAAUGCGACUCCAGCCGCCGCCGCCGCCGCCGCCGCCUUGGCCUCUGGCUCAACGCCAGCAACAGCCUCUGGUUCCGCUCCAGCUGCGACGGUCACCCGAGAGACGAGCAAUCUGCGUGCCCAGCUGCGCAGCUUUCUGCACCACAGCGUCUUCGAGGGUGAGUCCGUCAAUCCGGAUACGAUGCGUCUGGCUGUGGGGCGAGCUCUGGACUGGUUCGGCGACAAUCUGCUCUUUCUGCGCCAAUACGAACGACCGGAAUACAAUUCUCGUGAUUCCGUUUGCAAUACGCUGCGCCAGAGCCUAAAUCGGAUCAUCAAGCUGUGCUACGGCAACAGCUGCAGCACCCACUUCGAACAUCAGCUUAAGCAAAUUUGCGAUCAGUUCCGGAAGCGAUUAUAUAGCGUGCUCUUCCUGUGCCUUGGCAGUAACAAUGCGGAGCUCUACUGGCGUCAACUGAUGGGCCGGCUCAGCGCACCACUGCGUUUUAAUUUCCGCAAUGAAGCCUUGCAGUUCUUAUGCAUCUACAUUGAUCCAACAAUACCUGCAACGACGGAUACCGCCGAUGCUCAACAGUUCCUGGUACUACGCAAUGCACUGACAACGAACACAGAUGCCGAUGAACCUUUUGUGUGGCCACCUCUACUUGCUUUUCCUUCACAGCCACAGCCGGCACAACAAUCACUCGACACCGACAUUGAAAUGGCCGAAGCAGCCGGCAGCAGCAGCAGUAGCAACAAUGCCACAGAGAUCGAGCCACCCUUACCCGCUGUGACAGUCGGCUCGGAGCCUUGGCACACUAAUUUCCCCAAUGACUGGCUGCCUGUGAUAACACGGGAUCUGCAGACACAAACAGAGCAAACCCGGCCACAGCCUCCGUACUCCGAUGCAUAUAUAUCAGGCAUGUCUGCCAAGCGUCGCAAGAUCAUCCAAACAGAGAAGCCAGCAAAUGUUGAGUGUCUAAUUUCAAGCGGAGUGCAACGCGCUCUACAAAGCUCCGGUCUCGCUGGCACGAAUGGUGCAGCCGGCAACGUGAAUCCCACUAUUAAUCCGGAUGUUGUGAUCAACGCCAUAGCACAUGAUGCCGUUGUACAGGCAUCUUAUACGGAGGCUGUGCGUAGCAAUGCACGCGAACGCCUUAAACAGGAUAUUGAUUAUAAGCCAAGCAAAUAUCCGCAAAUCACCAAGUUUACUGAGCAAAAGUAGGCCGGGUGGGGGAUUUUAACGUGGGCGUUGGGCGUGGACGUGAAUGAAGCGUGCUUUAGUGUGCUUUAUAUUGUAAAUCUUACUUUAAUAUCGAAAUAUUAUAUUUGAUAUUUAGUUAAUUGGAUAAGUUCUGUAGCCGUUCGGUCACACGAAGUGCUCGGCUGUGGAUGCUUCAAAACACACACAUACACACACACUUAUAUAUUUAUAUAUACACUAUAUAAAGCUGAUAUACAUGCAUACACACACGAUCACACACACACACAUAAUCAACUGCAAGAAACUACACGAAAUUGAUGGUCGAAGUUUUUUAGGACAACUCUGCAUAAAAAGAAAGCUAAAUAAAAGUACAUACAUACACAAAAACCAAUUCUGUUCCAUUAUCGGU